UGCUGUUUGUACAAGUGAAGUUAAUUUGCCUGGGUCUUGUACUGGUGCAAUGGAUUUACAUUUGUCUGGGAAUAUGGCAGCUUUGGGUUGUUCAAAUGGUCAAAUAGCUUUAAUUACAAUUAAUUUGAUUGAUCAAAAACUUAAAUUAAUUCAUGUAUUUAUUACUUCGAAUAAAAAAGAAGAAGAAAAUGAGGAGGAGGAAAACAACAAAAAUAAUUGCAGUGUUGAAUGUAUAAAAUUUUUUCCUGGAAAUUUUCCUUGGUUGGCUGGUGGUAUGGCUAAUGGAAAAUUAAUUAUUUUUAAUUGGGAACAUUUAACUGGACGUUAUGAAUUUUUUAAUGAAGAUGAGGCAGUAAUUGAUUGUUUUUGGAAUAUUAAUAGUGUAAAUGCUUCUUCAAUUAGUUUAAGUUCAAUUUGUGUUGAUGGAACUAUUCGAAGUUGGGAUGCUAAAAAUGGGCAUUUAAUUGGGAAAAUAGAUGGGGGAGGUGAUCAAGUUUACUCUGCUAUAAAAUUAAAAAAUAAUGUUGAUGAUGGAAUUGAAAAAAUAUUAACGGGAUGUGAAGGGGGGUUAAUUAGAAUAUUUGAACUUUCUUUUUAA